GGUGGCCGGGAGGGGCCACACCUCCCCCUGACAGCGCCAGGAGCCCUGGGGGCGGGCGGACUGCCCUGCUCCAAGAUGGCCGCCGGCGGCUUCGGUGUGUCCGGAGGUGAGAGGUGAGGGGUGGCGGCGGUGGCCGGGCUGCGGGCUCCGGGAAGAUGGCAGAGAGCGAGCGGAGGACAGGUGCCUCUGAGGAGAUGGCUCCUCCCCUCCAACAGAACUUCAUGAUCCCCAAAAAGGAAAUAAAUGUGGUUUCUGACAUGGGCAAGUGGAAACGCUCUCAGGCAUAUGCAGAUUACAUGGGCUUCAUCCUCACCCUGAAUGAAGGUGUCAGGGGCAAGAAGCUGACCUGUGAAUACAAAGUUUCAGAGCCCAUUGAAAAGCUGGUGGCUCUUCUCAACACCCUUGACAGAUGGAUUGAUGAAACCCCACCAGUGGAUCAACCUUCUCGUUUUGGGAACAAAGCCUUCAGGACCUGGUAUGCCAAACUAGACCAGGAAGCAGAAAAGUUGGUGGCAGCAGUCAUUCCCAAGCACUUGGCUGAUGCUGCCCCAGAGGUGGCUCUGUACCUGAAGGAAUCCGUGGGGAAUUCCACCCGCAUCGACUAUGGCACAGGGCAUGAAGCUGCAUUUGCAGCCUUUCUCUGCUGCCUCUGUAAAAUUGGUGUGCUCAGAGUGGAUGACCAGAUGGCAAUUGUCUUCAAAGUAUUUAACAGGUACCUGGAAGUGAUGAGAAAACUUCAGAAGACCUACAGGAUGGAACCUGCUGGCAGCCAGGGCGUGUGGGGCUUGGAUGACUUCCAAUUCCUGCCUUUCAUAUGGGGCAGUUCCCAGCUGAUAGACCAUCCAAAUCUGGAGCCUCGACACUUUGUUGAUGAGAAGGUGGUAAAUGAAAACCACAAGGACUUCAUGUUCCUGGAGUGCAUCCUCUUCAUUACAGAGAUGAAGACAGGUCCCUUUGCUGAGCACUCCAAUCAGCUCUGGAACAUCAGUGCUGUGCCCUCCUGGUCCAAGGUCAACCAGGGCCUCAUCCGGAUGUACAAGGCAGAGUGCCUGGAGAAGUUUCCUGUGAUCCAGCACUUUAAGUUUGGCAGCCUGCUCCCCAUCCAGCCUGUGACAUCCUAAGGAGGCCGCAGGAGGAGUCGACGCGAGCAGAAGCGAAGCGCUCAGUGUUCUUCCUCCUCCUCCCUCUCCCCCUCCUCAUCCCCUUGUCCCUUCAUUCCUGCACAUCCUCAUCAGCAACCACGGAUCCAAAGCACUCGCUGGCCUUGCACGGGAGAUGGGACCUGGAGUGGCUCCUCCUGCACGUCCCCAGCACGGGGAUGUCCUGCCAGCACCCGGGCCAGGGCUGUGCUGCUCUGCUCUGCUGUGUCCCCGGGCAGCACCAUGGCCAUGUACAGCUCUGCUUCCCUUCCCUGGGAGGAAGGGGGUGUGGAAGGAAGGCACGUGUGUAUGUGUUGGGCAGUGGUAACUGUGAUUUCCCCUUUAUCAAUGUCAUUGAAGUUUCCUCUUGCUGGUUUGGUUUGGGAAACCACUGGGGGGGGUGAGGUGUGAGCCUGCACGUGUCCAUAGGCAGCCACCUCUGCUUGCACAGGGAGGUCUGAAGUGGGAAAAGGAAAUUGUAGGGAAGGUCUGUGGGUUGCUGGGGUGCCAUGUCUCCCUUUUUCUGGGUAAGGAAAGCUCCCUCCACUCUUCUUCAGAGUUCCCUGGGUCUUCCUUUCCCGCUACUGCCUCUUCUCUAGGGAAUCUCCUGGGCUGUGGGGGUCUGAGCUGGCUCUGGAGCUGGAGACAAGGUCCUUGGAGGGACCCAGCUCUGUGGGAACAGCUAUGCAAAGACACUGCUUGAGCAGUGCCUGCUCAGGCUCCCUCUUAACGGGCACAAAACCUCAUGUGUUGGCACAUGUUCAUCUCUGGGUCCAACCUCUCCUCUGUGCUCCCCGUUUCCUCCUCUGUGCUUUGCUGCCCCGGGGCUGGGCUGGCCUCAGUGGCACAAGGUGACUGUGGUUGCUACUGCUUGGUUGUAAAUUGUAGUGAGAGCCCCACAGCAAAGGGAUUUCCCCAGAAAAAUGUAUGUUCCUGGGGAGGCAUCCCUGGAGCAAAGGCAGCAUGGGGGCUGGGGGAGCAAGCAUGCAGCUUUACAUGCUUUUAUAGACUUGUGCUGGAAAGAAAAAACCUAAAUAGCCCAGGGCAGUGGUUUAUACCUGCAGAAAGCUCUUUCCUUUUGUUAUUCCCUGCUGAAAUUGCUGUGCUGGACCUUGGGCAGAGGGACCACUCUUCCAGUGCCACCAGCAGCAGCAUCUCAAGGGCAGGUGAAUGAACAGGGACACAGCAGCAUCACCAGGAGGACAGGAGCAGCUGGGGCUGGGUUUGAGAGGAGCUGUCAUGCCCACAAGGUCUUCACCAAAGUGGUCCACAACUUUGCAGCUGGAGAGGAGAUGUUUUUUCUUGGGGUUCCCAAGGUGUUCCCAGGCUGUGUGUGGGGGACAGGGCUCUGGGCUGGUGUUUGCUGGGGUUGGGGCAGCAGGAAUCCUUUUGCUGGUGCACUGUUUUAUUGUUGGGGACAGAAGAAAACCAAUCCUGCCUGUGAAUCUUUUUUUUUUUUUUCACAAUUUUCUUUUUGCCAGGCUUGCUCCCUCCUGUAAAGGUUCUUGCAGUCACUCAGGGGAGGGAGAGUUGAGAAAAGAGUCUUAAAUGAAGAGGCAGUGAAAUGCAGGUGUCCACAGAGCUGAAGCAGAGCUUCCUCCUGCUGCUAAUGUCCUGGCUGCUGCUGGCUUGGCUCUGGGUGGGGGGCAAGGAUCCUUGGACCUGCCUGAAACAACUCUAUAAACUUGCAUUUUUAAUGAAAAUGGAAGAGUGAGGUUAAGUCUUGAUUUACUCCUAAAUGGGACAUGUGUCUUGACUUGGCUUUCCAAAGGGUCUGCUCCUGGAGUGGUGCUGGGAGCAGUCAGUGCCUGGAGUGGAGACUCCAGACAUCUCCACCAGAAUUCCCUCAUGUUGCUGUGUGGCUUCUGGCAAGUGUCACCAUGCUUCAAGUGGCUCUGCAGCAUGUGGCUGGCAAUGGCUGAGCUCUAAAGCCUCUGGUUUCCCAAAGCUGCCCAAAGGUUGGGAGCACAUCUCUCCUGCUCAUCUUAGGGGGUUUCCAUGCAAAAGGAUGGGUGGAAAUGUUGACAUCCAUGCAUGGGAGGGACACCAAGAAUGUCCAGCACUAAAAAAGAGUGGGAAUGUGGGAAUGUGCUUCCUUCCCCUGCAGUCCCUGGGCUUGGGACCUGCUGAGGAGGUUGGAGGAGGCUCACCUGGAGCUCUUGUUUUUUGCUUGCCUGAGUCUGCACAUCUCUUCUGCUAGGAAUUUUUGGACUUCAAGCAGCUAAUUAAUUCUUGUUGGAGAAUUGUUAUCAGCUCAAUUGGGAUUGUGCCCCUGUUGCAUGGCAGUCAGCUCUUUGCCUUCCUCUGCCUCCCUGCAAUGCCCGUCACUGGUUCUUGGGGCUCUGCUCUUCUCCUGGGGGGAUCCACACACUCAGCAACCCCCAGGGCUGCUCCAUCUCUGAAGCAGCACUCUCCCACUCCUCUCGUGUUGUGGUUUUAAUUAAAGUCUCUGUGUUUUUCACUGCUGACUCUGUUGGUCUCUCUUGGGCUGGGGGUUUGUUCCCACUUUGGGAGCAGAGCUGGGAAGGCUGACAGGCUGGAGCCUUUGCUAUGGGAAGAGGCUUUGUGGAGGCACUUUGUGUGUCAGUGGUUGUUCUCUUGCUUGCACCAAAGUUGACUUGCAUGAAGCAAGCAUCCCCAGGCUGUCUGUAUCCUUCCCAGGUGUCUUUCUGUCCCACACACUGUGUUUCAUUUAUUUAUUUCACCUUUUUGCUAUGUGCACCCCUCUCUCUCUCUCUCUCCCAGCUUGGAUGUGGCAGGUGGGUGAUGGAUGAAGCUUUGCUCCCAGGUCAGCAAACACCUCUUGAACCCCCCUACCUUGUUUCUGUGGCAGGUGAAAACGAAACUCUCUUUUUCUUCAGAUGUUUUUCCUGUCCUGGUGUAGAGACCGACCCAGGACCUCCAGCAUCAGUUUAACUCAGCAGCUUUGUGGGAUUUAGACAGAAAAUUAGACCUGGACCCUCUCACGGGUGCUUGGAGCUGGUGUAGAUGUGCUCAGCAAACACCAGUGUGCUUGUCACUGGGUUAGAUCUUCUCUGUCAACACAGGCCAACUGGCUGCAUGUUGCUAAAAGUGGGAGCAGUGAGGAGGGAUGGAUGGAUGAGCAGCAAUGUCAUCCUGGAGCUCAGGUGUUGUCUUUGAAUCCAUCUGGAACCCGUGUCCCUUGGUGAGGAUGAAGGGAACUUGGUCCUUUGGAAGGGAAGCAGACGUAGUGUGGGUUUCUCAGCAUCUUCCCACUGACCAAGCCAGUUUUUCUAAAUUGGCUUCUCAGAACUUCAGGGCUGCAGUGUGUGGGCCUGUGCAUGUUUCUGUUUUACAGGUUUUUCCUUUGCACGGGGCAAACCACUGACAACCUUCCCCCAUCUCUUUCUUUGCACCCCUCUUUUAUAAAUGAUCCUUCUGGCAGCCAGGAACAAAUGAAGUAAGAGUUAAGAGAAGCAGCUUCAUGCAGUGAUAGUAGUAAAAAGAAUAAAAAAAUAGAAGUGUUUCAUGCUAUUGUUGCUGGGUUAAGUUGUCCCUGGUGUGCAGCUCAGUUCCAUUACGUAGAGCUGGGUUCCUGCUAUUAAAUAAACAAAAUCCCCACUGCAGGACCAGUGUUUGGGAAGCACCAAAAUCUGAGCUGGCAGCUGCCAAAACGAAGAUGGAGUUCAUGCCCCAAGGAACUGGGGUUCCAACCCAAGAGCCCUGGGUGCCACACUGGGUCCCUGCAGUGGUGUUGACUUCUGAGAGGGAGAAAAAGGCAGAAAUGGGGGGGGAGAAGGUGGAAUUUCUGGCUAAUGGUAACUCCUGAUGGAUAACUCAGCUCUCCUGCUGCCAGCAUGCUGGUGGGAACCUUCUACAGUUGAGAAGCUCACAAGGAUCUCGCUGCUGCUUCAACAAGGAUGAGAAUUUAGACUUGAACAGGGCUUUUGGGGGUUAUUUCAUGCUCUGGUUUCCAAGAGGAAAGGUCUUCAUCCUUGAGCAUUGCUUCCCCUUCGGGGGAUGAGCACUCUUCCCAUAGACAUUGGAGCAAACCCUCCUUGUGUCCAUCCUGGGGGGAUGGAUAUGUCUUCCCCUGGUCUGAUUUUGUCAAGAUUUGUCCCAAACUUCCAACUAGGAUGAGCCAACCUGAAAAGGGCUCCACAUCAGACACAGCAAGGGCUGAGCCCAUGAGGGGCAUCUUUAGCUUGGAGAUAGUUUUGUUGUGAGGAGCUCAAGGCUCUGAGCAGGCUUUGGAGGUUAGGAAAGGCUUUUGAGGGGGUGGGGUGGGUGCUUCUGCUUGCUAUAAAAAGCCUGGGCUGGGGAAGGGCUGCACAGGGUGUAAAUGCAGCUGUCACUAAAACUGGAACGGGUCACUCCCCGUGUUCCCAGUUGCAACUGGAAGAGAGAAAAUAAAUAUCAUGGAAACCCCUCAUCAG